GUGUCUCAGUGGUACAGUCCACUGGUAAAAUUCCGAGAAUUGCGAACUGCGUCUUCUCAGAAGAGUUCUUCCAAGAACUGCCUUCGGUGGACACUUCCAAGAAAAAUAUACCAGGUGAACAAUGUCAAGUGCAGCAGACGGCUGCAUUAAGUUCACUCGCCAUGCUGGUGAUGUGCUGUUCAACUUCAACCGCCUCCGCAGCAGAAACAUCCUGACCGAUGUCACCAUUGUGGUUGGUGGGCAGCAGUUCCGGGCCCAUAAGACAGUUCUGAUGGCAUGCAGUGGCCUCUUCUACUCCAUGUUUGAAGAUGCUUAUAAAAGCACCUUGAGCAUCAUAAGUUUAGAUCCAAAGGUGGACCCCGAUGGCUUCGCCAUAUUAUUGGAGUUCAUGUAUACGUCUUGCCUCACGCUUCAAGACAACUUCAUUAUAGCCACCCUCAACACAGCCACAUACUUACAGAUGGAGCAUGUGAUGGACACAUGCCAGAGGUUCAUAGACUCCAGGGGCUUGUGUGUAAAGCAGACCAGAGCAGAGAUGCUGGUUAAUCACGGCUGUUUAUCUUCAGAAGCUCCCUUCAUCCUCAGCGAUGCCCUGAACACCCAAUCCAGCAUGAACUUCAGCACUUACGCUCCUCCAAAUCUGCACUAUGCAGUCGGCACUUCCACUGAAAGCCCUUCUCGCUUCUAUAGACAUCUACCUCUCCCCAUGGACACCUCCAACACCACAAACCCGCUCUGGCAGAUCCCGAAGACUGGCAUAAUAGCCCGCCAGCAGCACUCCCCGCCAGACAGCAGAGCCUCGGCUCGGACCGUGACUAACGGAGGAGCCACGGAGGCCAGAGAGGAGAGGAACCGUCCAUCUGUGCUCUUCCGUUCAGCUCGAGCCGAGGGAGACAGGAAGACUCCGCUUCUGAAUUCAGAGGUGGAGAGCAUUGAGCCGUGUCACACCAGUGGGCCCAAGAGCCCUCUCAGAUCAGACUGCCAACCCAACUCACCCGCAGAGUCCAGCAGCUGCAGUCGAGGAGCGGCGUCUCCUCCCAGCUCCAUCAGUCUCCCCAAGGUCCGCAAUUGGAAGAAGUACAAGUUCAUUGUGCUGAACUCCACAGACGGGGCGAAUGACAAUAGCUCGCCGACUCCAUCCCACAUGGCUACAGAAUCCACCACCAAGAGCGGUGAAGCCCGAGGGCAGCUCAUUAUGGAUAGCAGCUCUGCAGAUGACUGCAUCAAAAAAGAGAAACACGACUCUUCACUUCCCAACACUUUGACAGAGGAGAGCAGCACAGGACCCACAAGAUCAGAGCGGGACAGAGUCUACUGUAACGACUGUGAGUCCAGGAGCGAAUCUGACGCAGAGAAGCUGCGGUGGCUGCAGGACGGAAAAUCCUACAAAUGUGACCGCUGCCAGGCCAUGUUCUGCUAUAACGGAAACCUAGCGAGCCACAAGUCCGUCCACACAGCAGGAGAGAAACCGUACCGCUGCAGCGUGUGUGGAGCGCAGUUCAACAGACCUGCCAAUCUGAAGACACACUCACGGAUCCACUCAGGAGAAAAACCAUACAAAUGUGAAACCUGCGGCUCGCGCUUCGUCCAGGUGGCUCAUCUGAGGGCUCACGUACUGAUCCACACCGGAGAGAAACCGUACCCAUGUGACAUCUGCGGCACGCGCUUCCGCCACCUUCAGACACUGAAGAGUCACUUACGAAUACACACGGGAGAGAAACCUUAUCAUUGUGAGAAUUGUGACCUGCACUUCCGCCACAAGAGUCAGCUGCGUCUGCACCUGCGACAAAAGCACGGCGCCGUCACCAACACCAAGGUCCAGUGCAGAAGCAGAACAGACCUGCCCGUCGCCUCCCUCGUGACCUCUUGAAAACACAUCAAGCUGUUUCAGAGACAUUUUCAAGUUCCUUUAGCGAGAAAAGCCAUCAGAAAAUGCAGAUUCCCGCAUGGAUCUUUGUCUUGCCAAUGUCUGUGUUUACUCGUAUGGUGACGCUGCCUAUUAUUUCUUAAAUAUGGAUUAGUUCACCAGCACAUUCUGGUUCAGCCUGCGUGAUGGUUUAAGAUUUUACUGUAAAUACUGACUUCCAAGCAUCGUACGUCAAGCUCUUGUCAUGACAGCCUGAGUCAUAGUCCAAGAUCUCUAGUAUUUAUUUUUAUGAAGAAUGCUGUUUCACUCCCUUUUCAGUAAAACUAUGCAUUGUAUAUAAUAAAUGACAGGGAAUACUGGUACAAAAAUAAUUAUGCAAUUGCAGUGUAUAUGUUUUGUCAGUGUGGUACAUUUAAAGAAGCUCUGCUUUGUCCGACAGUUAUAUUGGAUUUACAUGUAUUUGUACAGCUGUUUUUGGUACUAGAGGACCGAAGGUCCAUGCAAUAAAAUAUUUCAUACCA